AAUCUGUGUGCUUUGUUUUUUGUGUCAAGAUUAACAAAAAACCCAUUAUUUAUUAUGACAUAUUAUUGGGUUUUUUUUGUUGUUGUGAAUAUUUACUUAUCCUUGAGGUUGGUUGAAGUUAAGAUCAUAGAUGGAAAACCAAGAGGGAGGUCAGGGAGCAGGGCAAAAGACAUGCAUCUUCAGCAAGAAGCCCAUUUACCCAGAGGAUAAGAAGGCUGUCGAGUUCGAACUUGCUCUAUUGGAUAGUGAUGGCCAUUGCACUGGGGAAAGCAUCCCGGUUCGCAUUUGUGCAUCCAUCCGAAAUAAGCAAGUGAGUGAUGGUCUUUGCAUUGGAAGACACUUUGACAAAUACUAUGAUCAGAUGAAACUUGAGAUGCAAGAGCCGAGGAAGGAAUACAAGGCAAGUGAAAUGAGCGGAGGGAAAAAAUGCAGCAACAACAACAGAGUAGAAUCCCACAUAAGUAGGGUCGAGGGAGGAGCGAAAAAAAGCAACGCGAAGAAGAAGAAAAAUGGGAAGAAGACGUAAUUUCUCCCAACUACUCGUCAAGAGGAUCAUUUGAAUGUCAUGUCCAUUCUGCUUAUGGGCCUAUUUGGGAAUAACGUUAGCGAUUACAUUA